UGUGAAAACGUUCCGAAUGUAUAUACUAUAUAUAAUCAAUCCACUCAUUAAUGUGCCACGGAGAUUUUAUUUUCUUCUUCUUCUUCUCCACUUUUCGCCACCAUUUCUCCUUCUCUCACUUUCUCUCUCUCUCUCUCUCUAAAACUCGGUGAAAAGUCCAGACCUAGGCUAUGACCAACGGAGACUGGACUCGUGAGGCUAUGUCCGACGAUUCAUUGGUGGCGGAGGCACUGAUCUCCCUCCACCAUGUCGAGCCGCCUCCUCCUCCUGAGAAGUGCGGCCCGUCGGAUCUCGAGCUGAAAUGGACCGUGCGGCAGCGGAGGAGCAAGGCGACGAAGGGAGAGCAUACACGUGCCAGUCCCUCUACGCCUCUUUCUUGGAGCGGCGCCACUUCUCUCAGCGGCGGUGGAGGCGGAGGCAGCGGUGUCGCCGCCGCUGAGCAGUCUAGCUGCGCCGUGAAACUGUCAGAGGCCGUUAGAUCUAAGAUAUCUCAAACUAGUGUAAAACCAACAACCCAUUUCAAGAGAUCAAGAAAGAAAAAGACGCUUGCUGAACUAAAAGAGGAGGAGAGUUUACUCUUAAAGGAAAAGAAAGACCUGAAAAAUGAACUCGCAAGUAUGCGAAAUUUGCUGAAGCAACAAAGAGCAAGAAACGAGUCAUUAAAAAAACUCCAGGCUGCUGCUGAGACACAAAAGAAUGAUGAUUCCUCGUUCUUGCUCCCUGACCUUAACAUUCCUCUUGAUGACAACACCCCGAGCUGAUAUAUAUAACUACAAAGCAGCCAUCAAACAUCAAAUAUUCUUUUGUUAGCCAGACUUUCUAGACUAUGCAUAACUGUAACUAUAUAUGAUAUGGAUAAGACUAUAGAUAAUCAUCGAAGGACAAUGGACUCUGAUGACACAGUGGAGAUGAGUUUGCUAUUUUUUUUCUUCUAUCUCAUAGAUAUUGAUUCUUA